UCGUCCGUGUUAAAAGUAACUGCGUUGAAAACAUUGUGUUUAUCAAACCUAAAAAUGACAAUUAAUACGUUUGAAUUUUCCAAAGGCAUUAUAAUUAUCAUAAUGUAUAAUAUGAUAAUUUUAACUUCAAUAAAAUGCAAUGAUUUCGACAUAGACGAUAACUUAACAGUUCCGGAUUAUGACACGAAACUCAUAGUAAACGAUAACAAUUCGUAUUUUGAAUAUCAUUUUCGAAAUACUUCACACCCGGGUCAACUGAAAAUAAACCCAACAGGUUAUUUCUAUUCAAUUUAUAAUUGUACAUACACAGUAUUGCCAGAAGUAGAUUUUGUACUUGAUGAUUAUUCAGAAUAUAUUUUAAAUAUUAAUAAAUUAGAGAAGAUGUAUAAAAGAAAAUAUAAAAACGAUUUUAAAGAUAUCACUAAAUUGAAAAAUCAAGAAUUUCAGUACGUUACACAAUUUAAAAUAGCUUAUAACGCAACAAAGGAGGCAUAUGAAGCAGUUGAACAGUUUGAAAACAUGGUAAAUGAAGGAAAUGUAAAUGAAAUUACUAUGGAAUAUAACAAAGAAAAGAAAAAUGAUAUAAUAGAAAAAUACCUACAAAAUCAAAUGCCUGAAUUACAUUAUACUGCUGAUGGAAAUACACCCAGAUACGUAUUUGAAAAUUAUGAACUUUACGUCAAUCCAACAGAAGACAUCUAUUACAUGUCUAACGUAAAACAGGCUGAAUAUGAUUCUAUUAAAAAAAGAAUGAAAGGUACCUGUAAUGCAUUAAAUGAAUCAGAAUAUUAUGAAGUAAUUUUAUUGUAUCAUUUCUUACCAGAGAUUCAGGAUUCACAUGAAGAUUUUAAACAAUUUAUUGUUAUGUUAAAAACGCAAUACCAAGAAAGUUAUGAGCAAUCAAGUGUAAUAUUCAAAGAAGCUACAGACACGGCUAACCAAACGGACAUUAGCUAUGAACUCACAUUCAAUAAGUUGAAAAGUAAAUUUGUAGUGAACAAUGAAAAUUUCAUGUCAUAUUUGAUUAGAUUGAAGAAACAAGGAUCUGUUGGAUUUCAUCAAGUAUAUCAUACAUCUAUGUAUAAAAUAAGAAAAGAUAAUUAUGGUCCAGUGAAUUACAGUAUUGAUAUGGAUAUUCACGAAGAGAAUUUUGAACCAGAACUUGAUAAGUUAAAACCGAUAGACAAAGUAUCAAUUAAAAAUAUUAAGUUAACAUUUUCGUAAUAAUCAAGUGUAAUUUAUAUCUAUUCAAUAUUAAUAACACGUUUAAAUAUUUGU